AUGGGUCUCGUGCAGUACGACAGCAGCGACGAAGAGGAGGAAGUCCAGACUCCGAUUCCAAAUCCCACCUCUGUCCCCGACCCAGCCGAGCCCGAGCAAAGCCGCUCGCCGUACACGGCGACGCGCGCCCUGCUGCGCGACCUGACGCUGCCGGCGGUGGCGGACCUGGACAUACCCGGCUCGCCGCCGGGCGCGCCGUCGGCCGCCGACGACGCGCUGACCGCCAAGGUCGAGGGGUUCCUGCGGCUCAAGAGGAGGCGGCGGCGCGAGGGUGGUGGCGGCGGGGAGGGGGAGCGGGAGGGGGAGCAGCAGCAGCACUUCAACGCGCGGCUGGCGGGCAGCGUGGGGAUGCGGAACCCGGCGCUGAUGGGUCGGCUGUUGCAGUUUGUUGGGGUCGAGACCGAGUUUGAUGAUGCGUCGGUGGCUGGGGGGGAUGAGGGUGGGAAUGGGGAGGGGGAUAAGGAUGGUGGUGCUAGUGGUGGUGGGGGUCUUGGGAACAAGCGCCGGCCCACGGAGCAGUACGCGACGGUGCUGGGCGCCGACGUGUGGGAUCCGCACGGGUUUCCGGCCUGGGCGUACCGCGGGGAGCUGAGGAAGGCGCAGGAGCGGGCGGCGCGGGAGAGGGAGAGGGGUAAAGGAGAGCCGGUCGAGUUUGUGCCUGCAGCUGCUGCUGCUUCGGGAACGGGCAGUGGCGGGUCGGCGGCCGGGUCGAAGGCCGGGAGCAGGGCUGGGACGCCUGGCGUGGCGGGCGUGAAGAGGAAGGGGAGGUUUGAUACGUGA